CACACACACAGAGCCGAGGCCACAUGUUCAGCAGCCGUCCUGCUGCAUCCACCAUAGAUGAACCCAAUGAACUCUGCAGGGAGAGAGCAGGCAGCUAACGGCUGCUGGGAGCAAAGACCAGAAGAGAAGCGGAGCAGAACUCAGAGUCCAUUCAAUGAGAGGAAUCUGAGCAGAAAUCAACUCAAAUCAAGAGAUCUGGAGGGUCCAGCUAAGUGCUUCCAGCAGAGACAGAAGCAGGAGCCUUCCAGCUCAGAGAGGGCAGAUCCGAACUCCCUGCUGCUUCAACAAGCUGUGAUGAUCUGCAGCGCUGCAGAGCCCCAGCAGCAGAGGGCGGGGCUGCAGGAUAUGGAGGACAGCAGAGAUCCAAAGAACUUUGUUUCAAGCCACAGAUGGACAUCAAGCAAUGAGAGGUCAGCGCCGCCGGAGCAGAGCCAGGCGGACUCCUUCCUGACCGCAGCCCGGAUUGCCCGUGAAGGACUCCUGGAGGACGGCUGGAGAACAGGACAAUGUUCAACACAUAAAGCUCCUCAGUCCAACUCACAGCAAAACCACGCAGCGUUUUUAUUUAGGGACAUCAGGGUCAGACGGUACAGCGUCAUCUCCAGGGAGAAGAUGGAGAAUAAAGAGGAGAAACAGAACCCUGAAGGUUCCAAAACGCCAGCAGGUAGACAGAAAGCAGGGUGGUUCAGUGGCUGUAGGCAGCCUGCAAGGUUUAAGGUGGCAGUUUUACCUGUAAUAACCGAGGUUUAAACUCUACAGAUAUGUCAGCUUCCAGAUCCACUACUCAUUUAUUUAAAACAAAUCUAAAAGUAAGAAACCAACAGCAGUUUAGUUUAGUCUGAGAUCAGAUAAAGUCCACCUUUAAAUUGUGGCUUUGUCAGAUUAUAAACUUUGGUAAUGGAACAUAGAGUUUAAGAUUUUAGAACCAAAAUGAGACAAAAGAACUGAGAAUAUAGGAAAGUUUUUAUCCAGUUAUUAAAUACAUUAAUGUCAUUAACAGCCAGAUGUUAGAAGAGGGACAUCUAGUGGCUGAACAUGAAAACAGCCUGACUUUAAAGCUUGUAGGUCAGCUUUCUGUCACCCCUAUCUGUACUGUACUGUGUGCCAUCUGAAUAUUAGAUAAUUGCAUGAGUAAAGAUAUAUUUUCAACACCUGAUAAGUGUUUUGUGUAUUUCUGAACAGAAUUGGGCAAAAUUGUCUUUGAUAAGAUCAGAGGAACUGAUGUAACAUGAAGAUUGAAAUUAAUCAGAAUUUUGCCUCCAUUAACCAAAAAUAAUCAGACUGAACUCUGGCAGCGAAAGAAUAUCGGAUGGUUCAAAUGCUGGAUGUUAAAUAAAUGUACAGAUUUCAUCUUUCUAGUUUCAUUUCAAAGCUCAUUUUAAAUUUCAUUUACUUUAGGUAACUGGUUAGUUUUUUUUACUUUAAGUUGGUGUUAAUAUCCCUUUUGUCCAUGCACCAAAAAAUAAAAAAAUAAAAAUC